AUGAAUUUGCUCGAGAAGGUCGGCGACUUCAUUGCAAAAAGAGGUGAAGACCUGCAUCAGCAGAUUUCUGGCAAGCGCGUCUUCUCCGCGCACAUCACCAAUGCCACGAAGAAGGUCUUGGAAGUGCAGGGCAAGCCAAUGGUGAGCUAUGGAAGGUGCAGCCACUUCUCCAAGCUUCCUCCAGGCGAGGCGGGCACCAUCAAGUUCGAACACGACGGCGAGCAUGGCGGUGCCUUCGAGUUCACUUUAGGAAGGGAUCGCUUCUUCCUUGGGCAGUAUAUGCGAGCUAGCUACUCCUCCCUUUUCGGCCAAGACCAAUUUGUUCUGGAGUUUGGUGACAAGACCUUAAAGCAGUUCUAUCUGGGGAUGCCCCAGCACUUCAUGGGAUUACCGAAUCGCGGCGUCUCCCGGACCGAGGGUUUGGAAAACACUGCCAUCGUGAGGAAGGCCACGUGCUCCACCAACUCCCAGGUGGAGGUUCUCCUGGCGCCGGCACUCAGCCUCCACAUCUUCGAGGAGCUGGACGAGCUGGAUGGUUUGCAGCAGCUUGCAGUGGCGGAGACAUGCGAAUUUGCGAAGCCGGAGCUCUUGAGUGGCGCCUUGUUCAUUGAGGAGUUUCACUGCUUGCGAGACGGGCUCGCGCACAGCUCGCUGCAUGAGCAAGCUUUGGCCCUGGAUCUUCUCAUCGGGGCUAUGAUCGCCAAUGGAUUGUGCGGCUCCGCAAGCCAAAGGGCUUCCCAUCUUUGGCAAGAAAGCCGAUCCCGAUUUCCCCCACAAAGCGGCAAGAUGUCACCUUAUCGCUUUUAUGCUAGCCUCUCCAAAGAAGUAUUGGAGUCGCAUGCUGAUGUGUGCCACAGCCUUUUGCGAAGCAGUGCUUUGAGAUGCGCUGAGCCCGUUGUCGCGUUUUGCAAGUCUCAACGGCAGUGGCCUCCGCCGGCAAACGUUGGGCUAAAGACUGCGGAGGGUGCCUCUCAUGCAAAGAUCGGUUUCGAUACGAACGAUGCCAUCUUAUGUAACCACUUGCAAAGUACGGCUGACACGAAGCUGCGGGGAAGCGUCUGCAGCGGACAGACCUCUGAAUCGGCAGACAAGUUUCUUCAAGAGCUUGUUCGCUCGUGCGUUGAUGCCUCAUGCCGGGCAUCUAUGACAAGGAGUCGUCUCUUCGGACGGCUACUUGAGACUUGCAGUCCGGAAGCAGCCGGCCCUCUCAGGGAAUAUUUGAGCGCACAUCCGCUCUCCAGAAGAUGCUGCUCCCUGAAACAGUCCGGAAAAUCAGAGGCAACUCAUUUCGAGGUGUUUUGCGCAGAGCUUUUCGACAACCUUGAUCCGCACACUCGUGCGCAGGCUGUGGUAGCAUCGCUCGGCAGCAGCUCGGGAGACUACAGGAGCCUAUCUACAAACUCGAAAUCUGGUGAGUUCUUCUUCCUUUCGCAAGACAAGAAGUACUUGGUCAAGACUAUUUCAGAGGAUGAAGGCCUUCUCCUUUUCCGGAUGUUGCCAGGAUACCAGGAUCACAUCCAUUCCACACCAACCUCACUGAUUGUUCGCUUCGCUGGCCUAUACUGUGUGACAGUCGCGGGCGGUGGGCUACGUUAUUUCAUCAUCAUGAAGUCUGUGUUUGAUCCCGCCGUAGAGAUUCACUCCCACUACGACCUAAAAGGCUCUCUACACCACCGAAAGAAGAAGAAAGACGAAUCCACAGGCAAAGAUGAGGACUGGAUCCAAGACAAGAUGCAACUGAGCCCAUCAGAACAGAAAAGGCAGGAGAUGUUAGCGGCUCAUGAAGCUGAUGUCCAGUUCCUUCAGGAACAUGGCGUUAUGGAUUAUUCCGUCCUGGUUGGGAUCCACCAUGUUAAUGUUGGCCAGGGGCAGGGUGGCCGUUUGGCGAGUUCGGCAGCGAGCGCAGGGACGCCUUCUGUUUGUGGUACCAAAAUCUAUUUCCUGGGGCUCAUCGAUUUUCUAAUCAACUUUGGGCUGCGAAAGCAGGCCGAACAUCUUCUGCGGGCCGCCCAGGGGCACGGGCAGUCAACGUCCUGUGUCCAUCCCUCAGAUUAUGCCGCGCGGCAGGCGAGAUUCCUGCGGAGUAGUGUUUUCUCAAAACCGGACCUGGACAAGGGAACAGCCGGCUGCUUGAGAGUCCUGGUUGUAGCGGCCCGUAAGCUUCGAAAUGCCGACGUCAUGAGCAAGUCAGACCCCUAUGUCUCGGUCCACCUGGGUCUACAGAAAGCUGACACGCCAACCAUACAAGACGAUUUGAACCCAACCUGGAAUUGCUCCUUGACGUUGCCAGUGAACACCAGCCAUUUGUCGGAGGAGAUUCUUUUCAAGGUCUGGGAUGAGGAUCACAUACGUGCGGCGCAGGGCAGCGACGACAGUUUGGGUUUGCUCCGGUGCCCCUUCAAUCGCUUGUUGAGGGAAGGCGGCGAAGUUGACUUGAAGCAGAAGCUCGAGGAGACCAGCACUGGCGAGCUGCACGUGCAGAUCCGCUUUGAGCCACACCGGUCGAGCGGUGGGUACCCAGGGAGCAGCCCAUCCGGCACCAUUGCGUGGGAGUUCUCAGUGAGCAAUGGAUUCCAGAGCUUCGAUGAGCCGUGCCAGCGAACCGUGGAGACCAUGUACCAAGCUUUUCUACGAGGAGGGGCCAGGAAUGUCUCUGUCACAUCCGGCGGAGUUGAAGUCUUCCUCGAUUUCGCAGAGAUGAAGCAACCAUUCUACAAAACAAGCCGGAAUGCACCCACAGUGGCCGGCUGCGAUAUUUGCAGUAAUGUGAUGUUGGAGCGAUGGCUGCUACAAAGUUGCUUCGGCAUCCUUACCGUGGCCAGACUGGAUGUUUGCUCAGUCCCAGACGAUGCAAGUGUCCUCACGAGUAAAGAGGUGGACCAACUGGACCUUCUGUCUUGGCAAUCCCCGCGGUUGCUACCAGCAACCCCUGCCCGCAAGAAGCUGGCGAGUAAGCUCUUGCCUGCAACGAAGGCGAUGUUGCAGACAAGCGAGACCGAGUUGCGGAGGCACCUUGCGGGGGCGGAGCGAACAGACGGAAGGAACUUCUCUGGCUCGGCUGUGCAGGGCUGGAACAGUUCUCAGCUGGGGACUGAGAGCUUCAGAGCCGGCUACACGCAGAUCCUCUCGGGUCUCGAACUGUUUCUGCCUGCCGCGGCUGAAGUAGCAGCCAUCAUUGGCAAACAAACUGGGCUAUCUUCUGUGUCUGUCAGCUCAUACGCCCAUCCCGUUCAGGGAGAGCCAAUAUGUGUGCAUGCAGAUGCUCAUGACACCUUCAUCUUGCAGAUCCAGGGAUGCCGCGUUUGGAAACAUUGGCACGGGCCAUCCCUCAAGGAGAGCCAUUUGGUGAAUCAUCCACAAGAGCUGGGGCUAGGAAACUCCAGCUCCCGCUGCCUCAAGGACAGCUUGGGCUUUGCUUCCAGACGCCUGGAGCUCCGCACGGGAUCCUUACUGCGCUUGCCCCGGGGCAUCGCUCACCAGACCAGCAGUUGCGGUGAGGGCCAGGGCCCUUCUAGCCACUGGGCUAUCAUAGCGUCUCGCAUCAGUGCAGCCAGCGUGUUACUGGAUGUGGCCGGGUCCAGCCCAAAAACUGACGUCCAUGGCCGGCUCCUUUCAGUUCUAGGAAAGGACACUGACCUCAGCAAGAGGCUAUGGCAGGGACUGCCGGGCCUGCAGCUCACAAGCGAAAACGAAGUGGACAUGAUGAAGCAUGUGGAGAUCCUGGCAGAUGGGCUGCUUGCGCUUCUAGACGAAGCCAUACCAGGCCCUUGGCCCGCGCUGGACCGACGGUCUGUAUCUACCCGGCUGAAGGAAGUCUUGCAGCAUGGUCCCCCAGGCAGCGCGCUGGCUCCGCCCGUUGACUGCCGAACGGGUCCUCUCGGCCGCUUUCUUGUCAAAACUAGACGGAUCGAGCUCUGA